AUGUCAAAGUUGGCCAUCACACCAGUGACUGAAGAAGAUCGUUAUCACACUACCACGAAAGUAGUAUGCUAUGAAUGCCAGAUUGAUGAUAUUGAUAUCUCCUCUUCCUCAAGACUCGAAAAGGUGGUUGAUGGAGUGAUGAAUGCGCUCACUUUCUCUCGCAAGGAAGAAGUCAAGGCAUGGGAGCUCGAGCUCACUUCCUGCGAGCAUACCUUAUGCCUCACCCAAGAGGGUAGUGAUUUGGAACGAGUUGCACAACUGUCCCACUGCUCUCAAUGCACUAUGCAAGAAAAUCUCUGGCUUUGCUUACAAUGCGGAAAUAUUGGCUGUGGCCGUAAUCAGUUUGGAGGCAUGGGAGGUAAUUCUCAUGCGCUCACGCACGCCCAGGACAUGAAUCAUUCUGUCUCGGUGAAAUUGAACUCUAUCACCCCGGAGGGGUCCGCGGAUAUAUUUUGCUAUGUUUGCAACGAAGAAAGAGUCGAUCCGAAUAUUACUGAUCAUUUGGCACAUUGGGGAAUUAUCAUUGCAGACCAAAAGAAAACCGAAAAGAGCCUAACUGAAAUGCAAAUCGAGCACAACCUAAGCUGGGAGUUCACCAUGACCUCGAAUGAUGGAAUGGAUCUGAAACCGAUUUUUGGACCGGGACUCACAGGCUUGCGCAAUCUCGGCAACAGUUGCUACCUGGCUAGUGCCCUUCAAUGCUUGUUUUCCCUUCCUGAAUUUGGAUGUCGAUAUUUUAAGCCAACAGAACAACCGCCUGCCGUACCUCUACCAGCCGAAGAUCUUGAAACACAAUUAAGAAAACUUGCAGAUGGGCUGAUGUCAGGACGUUAUUCCGUCCCAGACUCGGAUGCGGUAGCACACACGAGUUCUAAGGAUCUACCGUAUCAAACGGGAUUAUCUCCAGGGAUGCUAAAACAUUUAAUUGGUCGCGGCCAUGAUGAAUUCUCGACAAUGCGGCAGCAAGAUGCCUUUGAACUCCUCUUGCAUCUUUUCAAACUUAUUAACCUCAGUAAACACUCUGAUCUUCUAAAUCCAGUGACCUCGUUCCGUUUUGCAUUGGAGCAGCGGUUGCAGUGUUUAUCAUGUGGGAAGGUGCGGUAUAAAGUUGAUGAACAAGAUAAUAUUUCAAUUUCAGUUCCAGUCCGUCGUUUAAGCGAAAAAGAUAACGUUGGCUCCCAAACAAGCGAAACAAAACCAACCCAGUCGAACUUUCAGCGUGUUACCAUCAGGGAGUGCCUUGAUAUUUUUACGGCUGAAGAAGUCGUUGAGUUGACAUGCUCUGGGUGCGGAAGCAAGGACGGCUUUCGAAAGCGAUCACUCUUUAAAACCGUCCCCCAGAAUUUGUUAGUCAACGCGAGACGAUUUGAACUGGUUAAUUGGGUGCCUACCAAACUUGAUAUCCCCGUUGAAGUGAGUGACGAGCCUUUAGAUUUCGGCCAGUAUCUAUCGUCGGGCCCUCAGGAAGGCGAGAUUCUUUUAGAGGAUGCUCCUUCUCCCAAGAAGAUUGACUUUCAACCGAACGCGGAAGCAGUUAACAUGUUACAUAGCAUGGGAUUCCCUGAAGUUCGUAUUAAGAAGGCGCUCUACGCCACAGGGAAUGUAGACGUGGACGCUGCAUUGAAUUGGCUAUUCGCACAUAUGGAUGACCCGGAUAUCGAUGCACCGGGCAUCUUUGCAGAACCAGAAAAUGAAGACAAACAAGACUCAAAAGCGGACGAAGCAAAGGUUGAUCAGUUGUUUGACAUGGGCAUCGAUCGUUCAAAAGCACGAAAGGCACUUUUAGAAACGUCGGGAGAUAUUAACAGGGCCUUAGAUUGGGCUUUAAACCAUCAAGAUGACCCUGAGCUUGAGGAAAUUGAGCUAGAUGGUAAACCCACCCCGGAGCUUCCUGGGUCCACUGAUACACCUGCUCUUUAUCGGCUACAUUCCUUAAUUUGCCACAAAGGGGCCUCGGUUCACACUGGGCAUUAUGUUGCAUUUGUGCACAAACAGCUUCCGAAUCAAACACAUCAUAGCUGGGUUCUUUUCAAUGAUGAAAAGGUCGUUCAGGGUGGUGACAUUGAAGAGAUGAAACAAUUUGCAUACAUCUAUUUUCUAAGAAAAUUAUAG